CAAAGACUGAGCAGUUAAGGCUAUCAGCAGUCCCUUCAAGCUACUGUAUUCGAGACACCUUUGCUACAUGCAACUUGACAUAAAGCCGAAUACUUGCGUCGGUUUGUAUCCUCAUUGUGCGGGUACGACGAUUAUGACCACCUUGCAGACCAGGUGCAUCUAUUUCCUAUCCGCUCUUCGUCAUAGAUCAUUGUUCUGGAUUUCAUAAUUAUUGUUAUUAAAACCAGCUGUCGGCCAAUCCUCAGAGAUAGGAGUCAGAUUUACUCAAGCUAAAUCCACUCACCCAAUCAUUAAACGCGAUCCAAAGGUCCAAAAGGCGCUCAAUCUCCCUGUCCGAUGUGCACUUGUCCGAUCGACCGCCUUUCUCAUAAAGUCCUGCCCUACGGUACGACAUCUCCUACAUUACUAGAUUCCUUGGGCUCUCGUCAACAGCCUGCGGUCUGCGCUCUAAAUGAGCAGCCGUGAGUGCUCUCCUCGUCAAGAUGCCGUACCGAAUUAACAUUCCUCCUGCGACCCGUACUUGUCUCGUCAGCCUCGUCACUCUCUCCUUGCUGUACAACAUCGCCCGAUGGCGACAAAUUGACACUACGGGGAAAACACCCACAGCGACACCUAUUGUCCCCUAUUUGACCCUUGUGCCAUGGCAAUUCUUCUUUUACCCAUGGACCCUACUUACGGCCACAUUCGUGGAGCAGAAUAUCUUUACGGUAGUCCUUAACGCCGCUACUCUGUUCUAUGGUGGGAAAUACCUGGAGCGCGCUUGGGGUUCCAGAGAGUUCGCGAAAUUUAUCGUCAUUAUCGCAGUCAUUCCCAACGUGGUGGUAGCCCUGGUAUACCUACUAUGCGCCGCCAUAGGGGCAAGCUCAGUGAGCGGCCUAACGCAAAUAUGUGGCGGCAUAUCGAUCCAGUCGUCCUUCCUCGUCGCCUUCAAACAACUCGUUCCCGAGCAUACGGUCACGAUAUUCAAAGGCCUGGUCAAGAUGCGCGUGAAACAUUUUCCCGCCCUGUUCCUGUUGCUCAAUACCAUUAGCGGGUUGGUUUUCGGAACGCAAGUCGCAGCGCUCCUCGCGUGGCUGGGGCUGUUGGCCAGCUGGUCCUACCUGCGAUUCUACAAGAGGCAGCCUGACCUCACGGGCACGUCGACAGACGGACAAGGAAUCAAGGGUGAUGCAAGCGAGACUUUCGCAUUCGCUUGCCUCUUUCCGGACGUUAUGCAACCGCCAAUUGCAUUUGUUUCUGAUCAGAUCUAUACGCUCCUCGUGGCGCUCAAAAUUUGCACGCCAUUCUCGGAGGAAGACAUCGCAUCCGGGAACCAGCAAGUCCUCGCGAGAGGUGAGGCCGGUCUACCCAGCCUGCUCAGCAACCAAAGAGGCGGAGGAAUGCGUGGUAUAGGCAAACGUGAAGAGGCUGAACGAAGACGGGCGCUGGCACUCAAAGCGUUGGACCAGAGACUCCAAGCCGCCGCCGCAGGAAGAGCUCAAUCCCAGUCGUCUACAUUGAGUCAGCCCGGACCCAGCCACGCUCACCCCGCGACACCGACUGUCUCGACGGGACAGAGUAUGCUGGGGGAAACGAGCUACACGCCUGAUCAUGCGUGAACCCUACAUUCGUGGUUUUUCAUGACCACUCUGGAGAUACCAAUCUCCAAUGAGAUAUUGAUAACCCAAAUUGGGGACAGAUGAGCUUUUAUUUCUCUCAACCGUCUACACUGUCACAAACGCUGGCUUCUGCAAUUUCCCCUAUGUAGUGGAACCGGAUUUUCACGGGAGGGACUAAAACGCUUUCUUCGAAGCUGCCGAGACUUCCCGUACUCUGUUCUUGUUUAUGUUGUCACUUGCUGUGAUGAAAUCUGCUAUGAUGUAUAUGGCGUGAAGUUGAUAUGCAACUGAGGUAACUUACGAGCCAGAGUCGUGAGAACUCUCAUAUCCGCAAAUUCAAAUAUUCCCAAGCAUUCCCAAG